CGGCGCCUGGGGUUCCUUUUUUCCCUUGUUCCAAACCUCCCGCUCCAACCCCUGUCGACGUCGACCUAUUCUCGUGGAUUUGGAUAUCCGGCUGUUUUCAGACACAUUUCCUUAUACUCUCUUUCUUUAAGGAAUUCGAUACGCACUGUUGCGUGACCUGAUAUAACUUGUUUCAUCGAGGGUUCUCCUAUGUAUCCGAACCAGCAUGUGGCCGGACGAUCUGUAGCGCUGGUGGUUGCCAAACUGCUUCUCGCAGCGGCACAGCUUCCUACCAUCUCUGCCUUUCCCAUCCUGAGCUCCCUCCAACUCCAUACCCAGGAUGAUGGCAAAGCUCCCGAUGAUCCCAGCCUGUGGCUAUAUCUCUCGAUAGCUGCGGCCCUGGUGAUUAGUGGUGGUGCUUUCGCUGGGUUAACAAUUGCCCUUAUGGGUCAGGAUGAAGUCUACCUCCAGGUCAUAAAAACUUCAGGCGAAGGCGCUGAAAAGAAACAUGCCGAGAAGGUAUUGAAGCUCUUGAAGCGGGGUAAACACUGGGUUUUGGUUACGUUAUUGCUUAGCAACGUCAUCACCAAUGAAACGCUCCCUAUUAUCCUUGAUCGGUCAUUGGGAGGCGGCUGGCCAGCUGUAUUGGGCAGUACAGCACUCAUCGUCGUUUUUGGCGAGGUCGUUCCCCAGUCGAUCUGUGUCCGUUAUGGUUUACCCAUCGGAGCAUGGAUGGCGCCUUGCGUUCUAUUUCUGAUGUAUAUCACGUCACCGAUUUCAUGGCCCAUCGCCAAGUUGCUUGAUAGAAUUUUGGGCGAAGAUCACGGAACUGUAUAUAAAAAAGCUGGGUUGAAGACUCUGGUUACGUUGCAUAAAAAUCUGGGACAGGCUGGAGAACAGCUCAACUCUGAUGAGGUUACCAUUAUUACUGCUGUCCUUGACCUCAAAGAGAAGUCUGUGGGCAGCAUUAUGAUUCCAAUGGAAGACGUUUUCACUAUUCCCGCCGACACAGUGUUGGAUGAAAAGAUGAUGGAUUUAAUCUUGUCCCAGGGAUACUCCCGAAUUCCGAUACAUGCGCCGGAUGAGCCACAUAAUUUUGUUGGCAUGUUGCUGGUGAAGAUGCUCAUUACCUAUGAUCCAGAAGACUGCAAGCUAGUGAGAGAUUUUGCGCUUGCAACGCUGCCAGAAACUCGUGCUGAAACUAGCUGUCUGGAUAUUGUCAACUUUUUCCAAGAAGGAAAGUCUCAUAUGGUUCUAGUUUCAGAAUAUCCCGGUGAAGAUCACGGAGCACUGGGAGUAGUUACCCUCGAGGAUGUCAUCGAGGAGCUGAUUGGAGAGGAAAUCAUCGACGAGUCCGAUGUCUUCAUUGAUGUACAUAAAGCUAUACGUCGUAUGGCCCCCGCACCCAAGUCCCGCGUUCCGAAAGGCCAAAUUGUUGCAGAACCCCCGCAUAUGCAUGGCAAUCUUAUAGACUUGUCCGACAAUCAUGUAGCGCACGCAGAGCCUACGACCAGCGACACACUUCCCCGCAGACAUUCUGCAGCGGAUUAUAGCUCACCACCACAGACCUCAUUCUAUUUCCGAAAGUCAGGUACCUUUGACAACGCCGACUCAGUAGAGGCUCCGAUUAUCAAACGGGGUCCAACUCCGGAAAUCCGUGAACAUUUGAAGCACCUAGGCCCUUCGAAUCUCGCCAGUCGCCCACGGCAAACAAGAUACCAGGCAGUUAAAAUUAAGCCGGGCGAAGCGACCAGCUCGGAUCGCCAAUCUACAAUCUCCCAACCCCGACCAUCGGAAACUAGUAGUGCUCUAACAACACGACCCCCAUCUCAGAUCCGUUCGGCAGGGAAGACUGCAAGCGAUGCCGUCCUGGCCGUGCAAGCCUCCUAUGGCACAAUGGGGAAAGCAACCGAUUCCACCCAACCCACAGAGACGAUAGACGAAGUCAGUACCCACAGUUCGAGCCCGCGACAUGACCGUAGCACCCUGAACCUGACUACUCCUAAAUCUGAGAACGUAAUCGCAUCUCGAACCCCCAGCACCCACUCACACCGCAGCGGGCCAAACAGCGCCGGUUCGUUGGAAGCGCAAAAGGCCCGCGACCAUCGUCGCCAACAUGGCCCGGCUCGCAGCGGCAGCAUCACAGAGCAGGUCGUCGAUAGCAACGGAAUCCGCAAGGUGAUUCUGCAUACGAGUAGUGAUGGCACAACUGAUGAAGACGGGGUGCCUGUUGUCUCCCCUGGCCCCGAUCGAGCGCAUACAACACAAGCUCUUACUUCCGCAAGUGGUAAUGAAGCCUUGCCGGCCGAUAAUGGUGGCGAUUAUGAUGAUGAUGGCGGUCAUGUUGUGAAGAAGAAACGUCGUAGAAAGCGGAAGGGCGGAGGUGGUUCCAAAUCUACGGAUCAGGGCGAUGAUGAUGAAACGCAACGUCUGCUUCUCUGAUUAAUGUAUCUUACGUUGGCGUACUAUUUUCUUUCGAUUUUGGAGCUUUUAGCAGGACCACUGGAUCGCCUGUCACUUUGAAGUGAAUUUCCUCCUUCAUGUAUGAAGAUUGAUUACAUCUCGAUGAGGAUCUUGUACCGUAUGUCCUUUUUCUUCUUCUUAUCUCUGUUUUUCUUCACCUUUGUUUUUUAACCCCGGCUACAUAAAUAAUAACGAGGUCUUCGUUGACUAUUUUAUGGGUAAUAUGACCGCGUCCUUUUGUAGGGAACUUGCCUCUAUUUACAUUUCAUUUUCCCUAGUGCUGUUGUGGCAUUUGCGAAUGGACGUUAAUUAUAUACUACUGUUAUGUGAGGAUGGAAAUGUAGAAUUAUUCCCACUUGUGGUAUCUGAUAUGAAAAGUUUUUAAAUUGUAAGCUGCUACCUGUAUCAUAGGCUUGAGAUGAAGCAACGAUCAGCUCGCCUCAAUUCGAAAUUCAUUAGUUACAGUUAUCUAUCGUUCGUGGACCUGAUUAACAGAGUAUGUACUGUACAUUACAUCGAGCUGCCAAAGUGUCCAACUACAGCGCGA